UGCCAGCCCUGCCCCGCCCGGUGCCGCCACCGCCCCCCCCCCGCCGUGCCAGCCAUGCCCCGGUACUGCGCCGCCACCCGCUGCAAGAACCGCGGCGGGCAGAGCGCCAGGGACCAGCGCAAGCUCAGCUUCUACCCAUUUCCACUUCAUGAUAAAGAGAGACUUGAGAAAUGGUUGCGGAAUAUGAAACGAGAUUCAUGGAUUCCAAGUAAGCACCAGCUUCUGUGCAGUGACCAUUUUACCCCCGAUUCCCUGGAUGUGCGAUGGGGUAUACGGUACUUGAAACACACCGCUGUACCAACUAUCUUCUCUUCCCCAGAUGAUGAGGAAAAAGAUUCUUCUCAGAAGAGUCCACAAAAGAUACAGAGACAAGACCUGGAAGAAACAAAUGUAGUGUCAGAGAAAGCAUCUGUACCACUUGAACCUUGUGCACCAAAGGAAAAUCCUGUAAUUGCGGAAAAUGUAGAGGAAGAAGCAGAAGUAGUUUGCUCAGCUGCAUUCAGUAAACCUUUACAUAUUCAAAACUUUCCGCUUCAAAAUAAAGGUGACUUUCAGGCAGAGUUUGUCAUUCUUGGUAAUUCAUCUACGCAGCAUAUACAUCAACCUAAUCCUGUUUUAAUGGCAGCAGCAGUCCACGGCAUGGAAGCUACCAGUGUUCAUACUUCUGUGGAGGAUCCAGGAGGCUGUACAGCUACAGUCUUGCAAUUUACAGACCCUGACUACACGAACUCAUCUCUGAAGCUGAACAAUGAUGUAGGGCCAGUUACUGACUACACAAAUCCUGUCCCUCACGUUGUCUGCUCUGGUGAAGUACGGCCAACAAGUGAAGAUGCAGUUUUACUGAGUACAGUGACACAAAAUAUUGAACAGUUCAGUGGAAGUGAGGAAUCUGUCAUUGCUAUUAUUAUGCCAGCUGAGAGUCCAGAACAGCCUGAAAUAGUAAAUAGUUCUUUCUUGGCUGUUAAGGAAGAGUUUCUUGACACUGAGGAGACAGAUAUGAUUGAAUAUGGUGGAAGUGAAAUAUUACAAACUGAGCAUUCAUACUGCAAGCAAGACAUAGACAGAGAUCACCUUUGGCGAAAAAUUUCAAAACUCCACUCUAAGAUAACUUUACUUGAAAUGCAGGAGGUAAAAACUUUGGGGAGACUUAGGUCCUUGGAAGCUCUUAUUGGACAAUUGAAGCAAGAAAACCAGCUUUCUGAAGAAAAACUGAAGACGGUAGAAAACUGUUUUACAACCCUUGAAGUAACUAUAAUACAGUAAAGGCUUUCACUGAUAAUUCUAAAAUAUCUUUUUAGUCUCUUUGACUGUCCUUUUGGACAAAUUAACUUUUGUUUCAGUCACAGUGUUCUAAACAUCUAAUGCAAAUUGUGUGACUAGCAAAUAUUCUUUAAAUGUUACAUCAGCCAAAACUGGGUGGUAGACUAUUGGCUGUAAAACAUGACUUGCAAGUAAGCCUAAAACAAAACCCCUCAAUUGGGUGAAUUUUUCUGAAAAAGUGAGUGAAUUGAAUCAUAAAGUUAAAUAACCCUUUCUAGCUGCAACCUUCUCCAAAACGUGCGACUCCUGUAUUUGAGGCAGCAGUUAGAACAGACAGAAUAAGCAUAUGGGAUGGACAAUUAUAAAACUCCUGUUUGGAAAAAAAAAAAAAAGUGUCCCAAUUCUCUUUCAAAUGAGUAAGAAGAUAUGUAAUAUGCAUUGUUCAGUGAGGCCACAAUUGCUCUUUACCCUUCUGUACAUCUAACAUUUGUUCUGAUAGUUUUUUGUACGCUUGGAUCUUAUUAAAAUUGUUUCUGCAAUAAAAGGUGUUGCCUUUCAUUCGGUUCUAGAAACAAAAUUCUCUAA